AAUACGACCUUAAACUUAUCACAGGCUCACAGCUCAGUGACUGGAAUUUAACCGUAAAGCAUAGGAGGAGGAGGAUUAAAAUUUUGUAAAUCACCCUCGUCUCGGAAAUCUCCCAUUUUCCGAAAUUUAAUCUUAAUCCCUUUCUCCUAAACUUGAAUCAUCCUUUUCCAUGUUCCACAAUAACAGCGUCUCGAUCUCCAUCUCCGACGACGACUCGGACGAACUCGGUGGUCGCGCCCGGCCCCGAGUCCGCAAGAAGCGCAAGAAGCCUGGUCACCGCAACAAUGGCAGCGAGUUGGUUCGCUGGAUCGUCAGGAAACUCGUGAGGUACUGGAUGCUGAUGAUCUUUCUCCCAGCCGCUUGCUUGCUUCUCUUCGAGGCCUCCAUCGGAAGAAAAUCCACUCCGCUGGAGAAACCAGAACUCGGUAAAACGCCGACCGUGACUCAUUCUGAACUCAGUUCGACUAAGAAUCCGAGUUUGGAGAAGAAACCGGAAGGCAAUUUGAAUCGGCUUGAUCCCACAACUCGUGUUGUUGGCGGCGUCAGAGAACGUUGUUUGAAAAUUCUACCACUCGAGGAACUUGAGAAUUUGGAUGUACCUUCGAGCAAAGAAUCUAAUAGUCCUGUUAAUAAAGUGAUUUACAUAUCGGAGAAUGAUACGGAAUUUCUUGGAGGGAAUAAUGAUGUUCUAUCUAGACAAGAUACUCAAGCCACAAGAUUCAAUUUGUUCACCGGAAACCAGACUCUAUAUUGGAGAGAGACUAGUUUCAAGGUAAAUGACACAACUGCAGUACACUGCGGUUUCUACAGUGAAAAUGGAGGGUUUAAGAUUUAUAAUGAAGAUAGAGAUUACAUGUUAAGUUGUAAAGUUGUGGUCUCUACUUGUGUAUUUGGUGGCGGAGAUGAUCUUUAUCAACCUAUUGGAAUGUCACAAGCAUCGCUUAGGAAGGUAUGCUAUGUUGCAUUUUGGGAUGAAAUCACUCUAGCUACACAGGAACUGGCUGGACAUAGAAUUGGGGAGGACGGAUUUAUUGGGAAAUGGCGCAUUAUUGUCGUUAGAAAUCUUCCUUUCUCAGAUCAAAGGCUAAAUGGAAAAAUUCCAAAGAUGUUGGGACAUCGUCUUUUUCCUCAUGCAAGAUAUUCCAUUUGGGUAGAUUCAAAGUCCCAAUUUAGGAGGGAUCCUUUGGGUGUUUUGGAAGCCCUUCUUUGGCGUACAAAUUCUGUACUCGCAAUUUCAGAACAUGGAGCUCGCAGUAGUGUAUAUGAUGAGGCAAAGGCUGUUGUCAAGAAAAACAAGGCUGGACCAGAAGAAGUGGAGGUGCAAUUGACUCGGUACCGCCAUGAUGGACUCCCGGAGGACAAAAGGUUUAAUGGGAAGAAAGCUCUUUCGGAAGCUUCAGUCAUAGUAAGGGAACAUACGUCUUUGACUAAUCUGUAUAUGUGCCUAUGGUUCAACGAGGUGGUUCGUUUCACUUCUCGUGAUCAGCUGAGUUUCCCAUAUGUCUUAUGGCGGCUGAAAGUUCUCAAGAACAUAAAUAUGUUCCCUGUGUGUACCCGCAAGGAUCUUGUCAAUAGCAUGGGCCAUCUGCGCAAGGCCAAGCCCUUGAUAAGUUGAAUUUAGUGUUUUUAGUAGUGAGCUUCCACUUCUUUGUAUCGAAUGGAGGAACCGGACCUAGAGGCAGUUAGUGGGUAUUUGUUCGUUUCAAUCUCAGUUAGAUGCUUACUUGGUUGCUUCCAACUGGACUUGCUCAAUGUUGAUUAUGCACCCACCCUUUCUUUUCCUUUUUUUGGUUGGAUGGAUGGGGGAUUUAAAUAGCUAAGCCUUUUGUACUUGCCCAAUGAGUUUAUGAGUUUGAAGAUUCAUAAUUUUUUGCAGUUAGAAAAAGCGUGUUGGAAUAUUUAAUCUCGUGAAUUAUACUGUCAUAAGCGUGUUAAAAACCUUUAUAUUUUAUAUGAGAAUUACAUACUGUUAUAAGCAAA